AUGUCUGCCGGGAGAAUCGGAAUCCUGGUAGCUCUGUCUUCCUUACAGCAGAUUCUAGGCUCUGUAGCUCUGGGGCAGCCCACCGUGCGACUGUCCCCCCCUCGCAACGUGACGCUGCUGUCGAAGGAUUUUGGCAUGGCUUUGACGUGGCUCCCCGGCGAGGGGUCCCCACCAGAUGUGCUGUAUACUGUGAGGUACCGAAGUUGGAAUCAGGUAAAACAGUGGGAAAAGGUCCAACACUGCAGAAACAUUUCCCAAACCACCUGCAAUCUGACUUGUGUGUCAGACCCGUUCAACAAAUUCAGCGCCCGUGUCAAAGCCCUGUCGGCAGGGCGCCAGUCCCCCUGGGUGGAGUCGGGAUUCAUGGAAUAUCAGUUUGAUGUGGAACUGGCUCCCCCGGCACUAGAAGUGAGCGUGUCGGAAAGUACAAUCAACGUGAGUGCCGCUUUCCCCCUGGCUUCCUGUGUGGAGAGCAUCUUUAUCGAUCUGAAGUAUGACCUGGGCUUCUGGGAAGCCGGAACUGAAGACAAGCAGAUGCAGUACUGCGACAACAUGAAGUGGGACAAGGUAACAAUCAACACUCGGGAGAUCAGCGGCAAUUACUGCCUGAGUGCCAGGGCUUCUUUCCAAGUAAUCAAACUAAAACACAGCGAGUUCUCCAAGCCGAUGUGCAUGUUGUUCAAGUCCAAAGCCGUGGACUGGAAGUUCCUAGUCACCAUUGCAGUCCCAUUGCUCGUCCUGCUUUUCCUUUGCGCUGCUGCUGCGUCCAUCCUAUGUCUGUGUAAACAAGCUGCCAAGAGAGUGAAGAGGCCUCAAGCUUUGGACUUCUCCCAUUUCAGGGCUCCUCGGAAGAUCCUUGAGAAGGAGCCCAGCGAAAAGGAGUUCUUUGAGGAAGACCUCCUAGUCUGCAUGGAGAAGCCAGAAUUGGGAGGGAGAAGGAGUGGUCCUUCAGUGAGGAACAACGUAUCACUAAAUGCUUCUCUCCUCUCACUCUGGGAAGAAGAGGAGGAGGAUGACAGCAGCAGUUUCAGACCCUACACUGAAAUGCCUCGGUUCCUGAAGAGAGCUCCCAACUGCCAAGUAGCCAGCACGAGUCACCAAGGGACCCAAUCGGGUUCUGAACUGGGCGGCUCCCACCUUGAGGGAGGAUCUGUGUCUGACCUAGCAGGGUUAGGGUUCUCUCAGCUUGUUUGGAGAAGGGGCUCGGCCAAGGAGGACACCUCUGGGUUCCAAGACAGCGAGAAAUCCUUCCUUUCUGAGAGUUCCUCCUUGGGAGACUUCUCUCUCAUUGAAGCCCGAUAUCCAGCUACUAAUGGACAUGGGCAGCUCGUCUGCCAAGGAGACACCUUCCUUCAGAUGACUGUGUUGAUGGAGGGGCUGAAUGGGAAGCCUCCUGCUUAUGAGCAACGCCUGCAAAUGAGACAUCCCCAUAACACCAACCAUCAGCGGCAUCCUUAUCCUGACCCAAUAGUGUGUGUCGCACUAGAAGUCAGCCAGGACUCCGACGGCUUCCCUCUUGAGGGGCAGCUUGUUUGCUUUCAGACUUUAAAGCUCGCAGAGGACGAGGGCAUCGCAAGCGACAGCGACAGCCUCACUGUGUGCUCGGAAGAAGACCCACCAUCCCUGGCCUCGCUAGUAAGCGAGACUUUUGAAGCUGAGACACGGGGGAAAGGUGGCAGCUUGCAGCAAGAGAGCGAUCCAAUCUUUAAAUUCCAGGGAUAUCAGCAUGUGCGUUAUAUGCCAAGGAACUGA